ACAAGUGACAAGUGCCGAAGUGCUUUCGAUAAAAUGCCAGAUAUAUGCAAACCGAUUGAAGCAGUGAUAGUGCACUGAAACCGCAGUUGAUAUACGAUAUAUCACAGUAAAGCCACGUUUUAAAGACCUCCUUUUUGAUUUUCGUUUUGACUAACGCGUUGCAGAACGCGUUGCCUUUUCCAUCGAUCCACCAGAGGGCAGCGCCUCCGAAAGCCGGCAACAUAACGGCGCAACUAUUGAACAGCUUUCUGAAGGGUAGCCCCCACCAGACCACCAUUGACAUCAUGCAGAAGCUCUACGCGGAGCCGCCUCCGAGCAGUGCUCCGGUGAGCAUGGCCAGCUCGGGUGGCGGUGGUCCUCCGUCGGGCGGCGGUGGAGGCGGCGGCGGAGGAGGAGGCGGUGGGCCCCCACCGCCCAGCAACAACAACCCGAAUCCGACGAGCAACGGCGGCAGCAUGAGUCCCCUGGCCCGAUCCGCCUACACAAUGAACAGCAUGGGCCUGCCGGUGGGCGGCAUGUCAUCGGUUUCCCCUCAGGCGGCGGCCACAUUCAGCUCCAGCGUCCUGGACUCGGCGGCGGCGGUGGCCAGCAUGAGCGCCAGCAUGAGUGCCAGUAUGAGCGCCAGCAUGAAUGCCAGCAUGAACGGCAGCAUGGGUGCGGCGGCCAUGAACUCGAUGGGCGGCAACUGCAUGACCCCCAGCUCGAUGAGCUACGCCAGCAUGGGAUCACCGCUCGGGAACAUGGGUGGCUGCAUGGCCAUGUCGGCAGCCAGUAUGUCGGCGGCAGGAUUGAGCGGUACCUAUGGUGCCAUGCCGCCGGGAUCGCGGGAAAUGGAGACGGGAUCGCCGAAUUCCCUAGGCAGAUCGCGGGUGGACAAACCAACUACGUACAGAAGGAGCUACACGCAUGCCAAGCCGCCAUACAGCUACAUCUCACUAAUCACCAUGGCCAUCCAGAAUAACCCCACCAGAAUGCUGACGCUCUCGGAGAUCUAUCAGUUCAUCAUGGAUCUGUUUCCGUUCUACAGGCAAAAUCAGCAGCGCUGGCAGAACUCCAUUCGGCAUUCGCUGAGCUUUAACGAUUGCUUCGUAAAGAUUCCCAGGACGCCGGAUAAGCCAGGAAAGGGAUCGUUUUGGACUCUGCAUCCGGAUUCGGGGAAUAUGUUCGAGAACGGGUGCUAUUUGCGGCGACAGAAGCGUUUCAAGGACGAGAAGAAGGAGGCCAUUAGGCAGCUACACAAGAGUCCGUCGCACAGCAGCCUGGAGGCCACCAGUCCGGGCAAGAAGGAUCACGAGGACUCGCACCACAUGCACCACCACCACCACAGCCGGCUGGACCACCAUCAGCACCACAAGGAGGCGGGCGGAGCAUCGAUCGCCGGCGUGAAUGUCCUGAGUGCGGCGCACAGCAAGGACGCGGAGGCCCUGGCCAUGUUGCAUGCCAAUGCCGAACUGUGCCUCAGCCAGCAGCCGCAGCACGUGCCCACCCAUCACCACCACCAGCAUCACCAGCUGCAGCAGGAGGAGCUGUCGGCGAUGAUGGCCAAUCGGUGCCAUCCGUCGCUGAUCAGUGACUACCACUCGUCGAUGCAUCCGCUGAAGCAGGAGCCCUCUGGCUACACGCCCUCCAGCCACCCGUUCUCCAUCAACCGCCUGCUGCCCACGGAGUCCAAGGCGGACAUCAAGAUGUACGACAUGAGCCAGUACGCCGGCUACAACGCCCUCAGUCCGCUGACCAACUCACACGCUGCCUUAGGCCAGGACUCCUACUACCAGAGUCUUGGCUACCAUGCGCCCGCCGGAACCACGAGCUUGUGACAUCACCAAUACCCGCUGGCUUAAGGACGCGCGGAGCAGAUGCUGCGCUCGCAGCAGCAACAGCACUUGCAGCAGCAGCACCAGCAACACCAGCAGCAACAGCAGCAGCACCAGCUGCAUCAGCAACAGCAGCAGAUGCAGCAGUCGGCGCAGCAACUGACAUCCGCUUCCAAUACACCAGCAACAUCAGCAAAGGCCAGCGGCAAGGCGGGAUCGGCUUCGGCCUCGGGAUCUGGGUCAGGAUCGGGUUCAGGAUCGGGCUCUAACUACUCACAGAAGCUGCAACAGCAGCACCAGCAGCAGCAACAACAGCAGGCAGCGGCGCAGCAGCAACACCACCAGCAGCAGCAACAACUGCUGCACGAACUACAGGAGGACUCGUCGAACAUUACCAGCGAUCUGAGCGAGGAGCAACUGCAGCAGCAUCAGGCCGCCCAGCAGCAGUUGUACAACAACUAUCAGCAGUAUGCCGCGGCGGCAGGCUAUAGAAAUUGGAAUCACGGCCUGGCUUUCAAUGGAGCCGCCGCCCUGCAGAAUCUUCUGUAGCUAUAGCUAUAGAUCCCGAUCUCCACAGGCAGCGGCUUUGUUGCGGGCCUGCCAAUUAGCGAGUGCAGUGGCGGUGGCUUUUAGCACCUGGCCGCAUCCGCAUCCGCACUCGCAUCCUCAUCCUUUCAGCACGUGAGUCUUGGGCCGCAACUCGCAGUUGUACAUAUAGAGAUAGCUAUGAAGAGCGCUGCCUUUUGAGUUGUUCAGUUCCAGUACUAUAUAGAUUAUAUAGAUUCUGUUCCGGGGGGUUAUUAAAUCGAGACGGAGGAGGAGGAGGAGGAGCGAAAGAAACCGUGAUGUAGUUGUAAGUGCAGCAGAACUUUUGUUAACAUUUUUACGUUUUGCUAAUACAAAUACAAAAUAAUAAUUCCGUGCCAUUUGUUUUCGUUGUUUCGAAACAAGCAAUAACAAUCAAAGCGGUUAUAACUGAAAAUUUGAAAUCACAUUUUAAAUGUAUCCGAGUAAGGAGAAGAUUGAGGAGAGGAGAUGUAGAGAAGGGAUCGUGUGUAAUGUUCUUUCAGAAAACAAAGCCCCAAAUGAAACAGUCCCAAAAAGAGAGAUACAAAUACUAAACCCUUUAUCCAAAGGCAAUCGCAAUCGCAAUCGCAAUCGAAUUCGAAUCGCAAAAGAUCAAAACCAAAAAGAAAUCUAAAACCGAAAUCAUCAUAUUGAGCAGUCCAGCAAAACCCUAAGAAUCUUCAACUAUCUAAGCAACAAAAUCUGGCCAUGCAUAAGAAAACGACACGUUUUAACUGAAUAAUUUAACAAAUUCCCAUUUAUAUAUACGCGCAUCGAUAUACGACCAUGUAUCGCAAAAUCCCGCAUUUCAUUUACAUUAUGUGUCUUCUGUUGUUGUACGAAUUCGUUAGAUUAAGGCAUUUUGUAAAUAAUCUAUAAAUAGAUACAUUUAAGCAACCCCCUCCCCGAAAUACCCAAUUUAACUAAGGACCCAUUGCAAGCAACCAACUUUUAACUAACUCGAGAAUUAAUCAAAUUGUAUGAAAUUAUGCCACACCACUUGAAAGUAAACAUAAUAUAAAUAUAAAUACUGUAUAGCAUUUAACGUUUAAUUAGCAUAAAUAAUGAAAGCAAAAAACAAAAAGGAAAAAAAAUCACAUAAAAAGCGAAACUGCAAUUAUUAUUCAAUAAUUUUUAAUAUUAGUUAUAUUGUGCGUAAUGAAAAAUAAAAAACCAAUUGCAAACACAAAACAAAGACCCAUUUUUACAUUGAGCUAAGCUAAUUAAUUAAACUUGAUAAAAAAUAGUCUAAAUAUAAACACAACCACACACACAUACUGACACUGACAGACACAGAAACAAAUGAAAAUUAUUGUAAAAUACACAAUAUAAAAUUCAAUAAAUGUCAAUGCAAGAAUUAAAAUCCAACUCUAAAGCUAGUAAAAUUAAUAUUAUUAUAAAUCAUGCAAAACAAACACAACGUCAACGACAACCAAAAUCGACUAUUUUAAUGUUUGAAAUACAAGAAAAAGGAAAAAAAAGUA